AUGCAAGCAGCCGUCCAUGGGAAACUUCAUGCCGCUUUAGAAGACGAUCUUUCCUUUUUUUUCCCUUUUGAGCAACAACAACAACAACCAGGUAUUUAUAAUGACACAACUAUUAAUCAGCAAGAACGUCCUUGUUUCUCCUUUGGAUCCACAAUCUCUUCUAAGAGCUGGCAUUUUGAAAAAUCAGAUAACCCUCCCUCUACACAAUUGCAGCAUUUAGUCCACACACAACCAAUUCACUUGAUUAGUCCUCAGAUUUUAUUCAACGAAGAAUUUCUAAAUCUGGAAAACAUCGAUUCUCAAUCGCAUUCCAAAGGAACCAAAGCUGCAAAGGGCAACGUAACUAAAACAGCAUCUGGAAAGCAAAAGAAGAGCUCUGGCAGUACAAGAUCUUCUUCUUUUACAUCGCUUUUCUCUAAUGACGAUACAGCUUCCACGUAUCGUUCAUCCUACAACAACAAUGAUAUCUUCCAAAAGAGUAAUGAUAAUGAUAAUGAUUUCGAUAUUACUGACUCAAAGAAAUAUGAAACUAAUACAAACUUACAAAAGGAUAUUAAAAUAUUUCAGCAAAAUCUCGAAUUCAAUGAAUUUGCAUACGGACAGGAUUAUUACCCACAAACUACAAACUAUACUUAUUCCAAACCCUCAAAUGCUCAUGAUUCAGUAAAUACUAAAAGCAUGGAUUUGUACUACCCGCACCAAUGUCAAUAUUUACCUCAUAUGGAAAGUAUACAUUCAUUUAAUAAUCGUCAUUACGGCAACAAUAAAAGCGUCAAUUGUAACAAAAAUAAUAUUCCACAAAAUAAUAAUAACUACAACAAUGACAAUGGUCCUGAUAACAUUUAUGAGGCAGAUCCCUUUAUAGAUGAACCACAAGUGCCAACAUACUAUUAUCCAUUAGAGAUUGCUUUUGAUAUCGAAAAGUCACCACCACCACAACUACAAAAAUUGAAUUCGGAAGAAUUAGAGUUUCUGAAAACACUGAAUGCCAAACUAUCAAGGUACACCUCUGCUUAUUCUUUUAGCGCAUCUAAUGAUCAAGAUUAUUACGAUAAGGUCAGGUUUCAAGAAAUCUCUUACAAAUUUAGUAAAACAUACUCCUGA